AUGAUACGACAAUUUUCUCAGAUCCUUUUGAUUAGUUUGGAAAAACAUAUUUUCAUAAAUAACUUAAAAUAUUCAACUAGUGCACUCCCGCGCUUUUCAUCGGAAAAAUACAGUAUAAAGCGAAAAAACUUUGGUUCGUUACACGAUGCGGAUCUAAAUUAUUUCAGAUCUUUGCUAAGUGCGGACCGUGUUAUAACAGAAGAAUCAGAUGUAUUACCUUUUAAUAUAGAUUGGAUAAAAAAUUGUCGAGGACAGUCAAAGGUGGUUUUAAAACCUAAAACGACUGAAGAGGUGUCUCAAAUUCUUUCUUACUGCAAUAGCAAGAAGCUAGCUGUUUGUCCUCAAGGCGGGAACACUGGCCUGGUUGGCGGUUCAGUGCCGGUGUUUGAUGAAAUCAUUCUACAUCUUGGCUUAAUGAACAAAAUAAUUAGCUUAGAUGAAAUUUCGGGUGCUCUAGUUUGUGAAGCAGGCUGCAUAUUAGAGAAUUUGGACAACCAUGUCCGGGAACACAAUCUCAUUAUGCCCCUUGACCUUGGCGCGAAAGGCUCAUGCCAUAUCGGCGGGAACAUCAGCACUAAUGCUGGUGGGUUGCGUCUAUUGCGCUAUGGAAACCUUCACGGAUCUGUUUUGGGAAUUGAGGCUGUGAAAGCUGAUGGUACAAUAAUCGAUUGUCUACGGACUCUAAAGAAAGACAAUACGGGGUAUCAUUUGAAGCAUCUCUUUAUUGGUUCAGAGGGUACCCUGGGCGUCGUCACGAAAGUCGCCGUGCACUGCCCAGCGCUGCCGAAAGCUGUUACUUUGGGAUUUUUUGGCGUAAACUGUUUCGAGAACGUAUUAGAAUUGUACAAAAGUGCGAAGAGUUCUCUGGGAGAAAUUCUAUCGGCAUUCGAAAUGGCGGAUAAUGGAGCAAUCAGUUCUACGGUGGAAAAUUUGAAGCUGUCGAAUCCAUUAGGAGACUUUCCAUUCUACGUUUUAAUAGAAAGCAGCGGGAGCGACGAAGGACACGAUAACGAGAAAUUGAACAGGUUUCUCACAAAGGAAAUGGAAACUGGGCACAUAAUAGAUGGAACUGUUACUUCGGAGCCAGCUAAAAUGAGGAAUAUAUGGAAUAUUAGAGAGAGCAUAGCCGGUGCGGGUUUAGUAGACGGUUACGUGUUUAAGUACGAUGUAUCGAUACCGUUACAAAACUAUUACGACAUUGUGUUGCUCCUACGCAAGAGGUUAGGCAACAAAGCUACGCGAGUGUACGGAUACGGCCAUGUUGGCGAUGGAAACAUACACAUCAACGUAACGACUCCGGAAUAUACGAAAGAAGUGUACGAAAUGCUGGAGCCCUAUAUAUUUGAGGAAGUGGCCAAAGUUAGGGGCUCUAUAAGUGCGGAACACGGCGUCGGGUUCCGUAAACCGCAGUUUAUACACUACAGCAAGGACGAAACUGCUUUACAUCUUAUGCACGGCUUGAAGCACUUCAUGGACCCUAACGGAAUACUCAAUCCGUACAAAGUUUUGCCAGAUUAA